AAAGUAAGAUAUGACCAUAGUCAAAUGCGUUCACAUUUAUUAAAAAUUUUUGAAUCUAAUGUGAUUGAGCAUUUUCCUCAGGAUUUAAAUUAUGGUGUUCCUCAAAAAAUACUUCCAUUAGCAGUAAUAAAAGCAAGAAAAGCUAUAGCUAAUGCUCAACGUAUAAAGAGAUAUUUAUCUAAAAAAAAUACUUUGAAGAAUGAAUGUCAUAAUAUUGAUGAUAAUCAGGUUAAAAAAAGUCAUAUAGACGAAUAUGAUUCUUCGAAGAAUAAAUGUCAUAAUAUAGAAGAUAAUCGUGAUAAAAAACGUUAUCUAGACGAUGAUUUGGAAAAUGUUUGUCUAGAAAAGCGGCUUCAAUAUCAACAAAACUUAGAACAAAAUCAGGCUAAGCAUCUGGAUCGAUAUAAGACAGAUUUAUUGAAUAAUCCUGCUAAAAAGCGACGUCAAUAUGAAAAAAUUGAAGAUAAUCGUGAUAAAAAACGUUAUGCAGACAAUGAUUUGGAAAAUAUUCGUACUAAAAAGCUGCUUCGAUAUCAACAAAAUUUAAAACAAAAUCGGGCUAAGCAAUUGGAUCGGUAUAAAAAAGAUUUACUGAAUAAUCGUGCUAAAAAGCGACAUCAAUAUAUUAAAAAUUUACAAAAAAAUCGUUUGCGUAAAAGAAUACAUUAUUUUAUACAUUCACAACAUGAACGAGAUAGAUACAGAAAAUAUUCCGAUUGUAAAUGGUUGUAUAAUAAACAAUAUUACGAGAAAAAGAUAUUAAAAUUUAAUUCUGUAAAAAAAUAUGCUGGUCAAAAUAUUAUUAGAAAAUAUAGUAAGUUUUGGUCAAAAAAUUACAUACAUAUGCAUAAUCCUGUGACAAUAACAGAUAUUAUGAAUAAACUUAAUAUUAAACAUAAAAUUGAAAGACGAUUAGAAGCUGAAAAAAUUUUGCGUUGAUCUAUGCAGAUUAGAAAUAAUUAUAUUCACAAUAUGUAUAAAAUAUUAGCUGUAUUGAAAAAAAAGGCUGAAGUACACUUAACUCUUGUUACUGAGUGUUUAACAAUUGAUGAUAAAUUACAUGCGUUAUGUGGUAUAUCGGGUCAUACAGCUUCUUCCGAAAAUUAUUUUAUUGAUUCUACAUGUAGUGAACAAUUUAUUUCAUCGCAACCAUUGAUAACAAACUUGAAAGGUCAAAUUAUAAAUGUAUUACCUCGGGUAGAAGCACAAGCUAAAAAAGCAUGGUUGUGCAAUACUUCGUGUAAAAUUGAUUUAUUUGUAAUUGAUCGUUAUAAAAAAUUUCUCGAAGUAAUAAAUACAUGUACUUUAAAGAAAAUACCAGAACUAUUACGCAAGGUUUGUCAGAAAUGUACAGUAAAUGAUUUGACUGACAAAUUAGGUCAUACACAGGCUUGUUACAUUAAUCCAAAUUUUUGUAAAGCAAUGUCUCUUUCUAUUCAAUUAUUAUCACCUCAUUUUCCAAAGGUAAGACAUAUUAAACGUUUGAUUUAUCGAAUAAGAGCAGACUAUCGAAAGUUAAUAGAUCUAGAAAAAGCUUUAAAUUCUGGCGAUAUCGAUACAUUAAAUGAACUUAUAACUUUGGCACAAGAUCGAGCAAAUAUGUACAAACAUCAUUAAAGUUUAACUGAUUUGAGUGAUGAUGAUAUUAUUUCUAAAUAUAGCAAAGCAUUUAAGACGUUUACUAAACGUUCUAUGGACACACCUCGAUAUGUUUGUGUUUCAUGUGAGAGACUUUGCUAUAAGAGAAGUGUAUCUGAAAUUAGUAAGUUUAAAACACAAUUAGAUAUUCCAAUUUGGAGAGAUUUAAUGGCACAUAUAAAAAAUUUAAAUAUUGAUCCGCAAUACAUAUGUCUUUAUUGCCAAAGAAAAUUCCGUAACGGAUUAAUGCCUGCUUAUUGUAUUUUAAACAAUCUAUAUAUCCAAAAUGUUCCCGAAUAUCGUCUCUUAAUUCAUUCGAAAAAAUGUUAAUACAAAGGGCUAAAGCAUUUCAAACUGUUGUUAAAAUGGGAACUGUGAUGAAUAAAAGGUUGCCUCAUAGACAGAUGGUACAGAAAGUAAAAGGUAGAACAUUUCAUUUACCAUUACCAUUAGAACAAACAAUAAACAAAAUAUGUUCGAAAACUGAUGCGAUAAAUAAAAACAAUAUGGAAUUGUACAUUUUGGUUAGAGGUAUUCCAACAAAAGCAAAAAUUAUUUGGGAAAAAAUGGUAAAUCUUAAAAAAGUAUUUUAUGCUUUGGUAUGGUUAAAACGUAAAAAUCACCUUUAUAAACACAUUAUACUGCCAGAUACUUACAA